UGAUGACAGAGACGGAAGUUAUUAAAGUCCACUUCCGGUGACCGGCUGAUGUUGCGGCAGCUUCACGUCCUGACACUGGACCCAAUAAUCUGUGCCACACUCCACCAUGUCCUCGUCCAACCCUGGAGAUCUCUCAGGAAAGAAGAAGAAGCACGUUCGCUUUGCCAGAAUGCAUGAGGAGGAAGAGGAAGAUAACCCAGAGCAGGGGGAGGAGGAAGAGGAAGACACGCUCUUUGACAAGAGGAAGGAUGUGAAGGCCGGUCUGAAGAGUGCCCUGAAGCGAGGGAGAAGGCUGGUGCAGUCUGCUGCAGGGGAGAACGUGGAGAUUAAAGGUGACGGAGACUCGUGCAGCCGCCGGAUGAUCUCCGUCACCCUCUGCGCUUCAUUUCUGGGCUUGGGAAUGUGUAUCUCUGUGUUGGGCCCAACUUUGGAAGAUUUGGCCACCAAUGUAAAUAAGAACAUCAGUAACAUCUCCUACGUCUUUGCCGGCCGAGCCUCAGGUUACAUCGCUGGCUCUCUGUUGGGGGGAAUUCUGUUUGACCUCAUCAACCCUCAUCUGCUGCUGGGUUUUGCCAUGUUGAUGACAGCAUUUGGAAUGUUUGCCACUCCAUUUUGUAAGAAAGCUUUAAUCUUAGUUGCCUUGGUGUCCAGCGUGGGUGUGUCUAUGGGAAUCCUGGACACAGGUGGGAACGUGUUAAUUCUGAACACCUGGGGUGAUCAGGCUGGUCCACACAUGCAGGCACUACAUUUCUCCUUCGCCCUCGGAGCCUUCGUCUCUCCCAUCAUUGCCAAGCUGGUGUUUGGACACGAAUCCGGCAUCUCCGAUGGGAACGUCUCAAAAACCCCAGCUUCCAAUGCCACUACCUCAUCUCUGGCCUUCUUCCAGGGAAAGAGCCCCUUCCUGACAUCCAUGUGGGCUUAUGUGGUCAUCGGUGCCUUCAUCUUGUUUGUUUCAUUUCUCUUCUUCAUCCUGUACUCACGACACUCCACGUCUUCACUCAAGGCAUCGUCUUCAUCAGGGAAACCUCCGUUCUUCGCCAGAUACCAUAACGCACUCAUUGUGCUUCUGGCGCUGUUCUUCUUCUUCUACGUUGGAGCUGAGGUGGCGUACGGCUCCUUCAUUUUCACCUACGCCAAAGAGCAUGCUGGGAUGGAGGAGCCGCAGGCUGCUGAGCUGAACUCACUUUUCUGGGGCUCCUUUGCUGCCUGCAGGGGGGCAGCCAUCUUUUUUGCGACGUGCCUCUACCCCGGCACCCUGAUACUCCUCUGUCUCUUGGGCUCAGUCACUGCCUCUCUGGCGUUAGUGCUGUUUAGUCAGCACCACGUGAUGCUGUGGAUUUCCACGUCCAUUUACGGCGCCUCCAUGGCUGCCACGUUUCCCACCGGCAUCUCCUGGGUGGAGCAGUACACCACUGUGACUGGCAAAUCCGCAGCAGUGUUUGUCAUCGGUGCAGCGCUCGGGGAAAUGGUGCUUCCUGCUUUGGUUGGCUUCCUGUCAGGACGCAUCCCACAUCAGCCGCUGCUCAUGUACUUGUCCCUCUGCACAGCCACCGUCACCUCCAUCCUUUUUCCUGUGAUGUAUAAACUGGCCUCGUCUGCAGGGGGCACUGUGGUCCGCAAACAGCGAAUCAAAACACACUGUGGGCUUGAUGAUGGCGAGGAUCGCCAGGCACUACUUGAUUCCAUCCACGACGAUUGUGAGGAGGAGGCGGGGCCUGAGGACAACGAAUCUGAAAUUGAUCAGUUUAACGACACAGACUUCGAAGUGAUCGAGAUGGACGACGCCAGUCUAACAAACUCGCCCAGUAAGUCGAGCUCCUCACUGCCUGAUAUUUCGCUCAGCACCCAGUUGACUCCGCCUUCCUCUGCACUUGCCUCUAGUCCCAUAGCAGGUUCUACAAGCUCCACCCCCAACUUGAGUGAUUCACCAUGAUGUAAAACAUUCCUUGAUCGAGAAUAGAACAACUGAAAUGCGAACAUCUGCACUGUUUAUAACUAGAAAUACGACGCUAUAAACCGGACCUGGGAACAAAACUGACAUGAACAUGUCUGCCAUCUGCUGGUGGCACUGAGAACUGCAGCGGCUGGUUAUUGACUACAGGAGACUCAGCUAAUGAUGUGUAGGUUGUUAUAGAGCACAACACUGCUCCCCUGUGGCUCUGUAAUGGAACUGCAUUUUAAUCAUUUAAACCACGUGUUACGUCAUAGCCAAGCCCCUCCUACUGUAGUAGAUUAUGGCACAGUGGAGCUUCAAUACUGCGCCGCCGCUGUUGUAUGAAACAUCUUGAUGAAUUCAUGUUGUAUGAAACAUGAGACUCACUACAUUGCUGUCAUUUUAAAGAGCAGUGUGAUGAGCUGAUUGGCUGAAAACACAAUGCCAGGUGUGAAUGUAUAUGAUUUAUAAUGUGAGAAGGACACAGAAAAGCUUUCGGAGCAUAAACACAGAUCAUGAUUAGAGUAACGAGUGUCUUUAACGUUAAUCAUCUCUGACAUCAACAUCUGCUGGAUUUAUUACAACAGGAAAAAAAUAAUUAAUGGAUCAAAUAUACAAGCAAGUGACAGACGGGGAAAUCGGUAUCGGAACAGCAGCACCCCCUAGUGACAGCACUUACCACUCACACGCUCUGUGUGUGUCUCUGUGCGUGUGUGUCUCUGUGCGUGUGUCUGUGUGUGCAAUUGUGUGUCUCUGUCCCCCUGUGUGUCUGUGUGUCUGCGCACGUGUGUGUGUGCUUGUGUGUGUCUGUGUGUCUGCGCACGUGUGUGUGUGUGCUUGUGUGUGUCUGCGCACGUGUGUGUGUGUGCUUGUGUGUUUGCGCACGUGUGUGUGUGUGUGUGUGUGUCAGAUAUCGAUGUAAAUGUGAAUGCUUGUGUUCAUCAAACCGACUUGUGAUUGAAACGUGUUUUACUCCCAAUGUUCCUGCAGCUCGACUCUUCCAUGUCACGUGACUGAACUGACAGAAGAGUGACAUCAUCUCCAGGUUGUGAUUGUUAACGUCUCAGAUUUCAGAUGUUUGUUUUUAAGAUUUCUAAUUUAUUUUAUAAAUAAAUCACUACACGUUGUAUAACGAUGAGAUUCACUAAACUGUUUAAUUGUCAAAGAUUUUUUACUUUCAUGUUAUUGUGUUAAUUUAUUGAGACGUUUCUGUGUCACGUGACGUUUGGCUUUAAUAAACAGGAUGAAACUAUUAAUCAGCCGAGUGUUGAAAUGCUGCCCUGUGAUUGGUCAGAAUCUCUGCAACACCUCAUGGCAUCAGUGAGAUUACACACUCCUCCUCUUCCUCCUCUUCCUCCUCCUGUGUGUGUUUGCUUUUUCAGACUUCACGUCACUUUAACUUUUAUUUAUGUUAAAAUAAAAGAUUGACUCUCACUGUAUCGCUGUCGAAACUCAACCAAAUAAAAUCCCACAAAUAAAUAAAA